UUGAAGUUUUGAGCCAUGGGCCCAAAGAGGCACAUGUCAUUACCCUUGAAGCGGCUCUUGGCCAUACUGGCGCUAGCGCUGGCGCCCACCUUCGUGGCCAUUUGUUCCGUUGCCACCCCACCCCAUGGCAGGCUGACGCGGAGGCGACUGUCCCUUCGUGCUGGGACCGUGGCGGAGGUCCCAGCGAAGUCUUUGCUGCCUAUCUCCAUGUCUGUCUUCGUGCAGAUGCUCGGAGAAGGCAUUGCUAUCUCUACAAUUCCUCUGCAUUUGCUGAGCUUUGGGGCAUCCCCUUUGCAGGUGGGCCUUGCCACUUCGUGUUUCUCAGUGGCUCAAAUGAUUUGCUGCCCCAUCCUGAUCAGUGCUUCUAGCAGAUUGGGUCGUCUUCGUGUGCUCAGGGCCUGCCUAGCUGGUGCAGCCUUUGCUUCGCUGCUGAUCUCUAUCUCAAGUAGCAUCGUGGGCAUUCUAUUUGGACGACUUCUAGCGGGUGCUUUUGCUGCCUCUGUACCUGUCGCUCAAGCAGCAGUCACCGAUAUUGUGUCCGAUGGAGCAGCUACUGCCUUAAGCCGAGUGGCUGCUGCUGCUCAGCUGGGUGUGGUGGUUGGCCCUGCCGUCUCAGCCUUCGUGGCAGCAUUGCUUGGCAAGACCUUUGGUUGGCCAACAGAGCUCUGUGUGCGCGGCGUCUUUGGCGGCAUCGGAUUGGUGGCACUGAGUGUCCUGGGCAUCUCUCUAGCCCUGGCUCCAGGUGGGCUCACAACGGCAACAGAAGCCACGAAAGCCACGAAAGCCACAGCAGGUGAUCCCUCCACGUCGUGGAGCUUGGCUCAACCCUUACUGCGGAUGGUGGCAGUGACCAUUGCAUGGUCGUUAACCUUGAUGGUCAGCACCUACGCCAUGUUUGCAAACCGCUGCCUAGGUUACAACCAGCAAAAGCUGAGUUUGAUCUUCUCUACUGGAGCAGCAGCAACUGUCACGACACAGUUGUUCUUGUUCCCAGUCCUGGUCAGUUUUUGGGGCCCAAACAUCACUUGCUUUUUGGGCAUCAUAUUCGUGGCUAUCGGGCUCAGUGGUUUCUCCCUGUGUUGGCAUCAACCAGGCCACACAGUGGGAAAUUGGAAUGCAUUGUUUUCCAUUUCAAAAUGA